AUGGCAUUUUAUUGUGUUUGCCUAGUCUCUGAAAUCAAUAAAGCCACGAUCAUGGCGCAAUUCCCACCCAAAACCCGCAAGAUUGGCGUUCCUACUCCGACAUCAACUUCUACGGUUUUGACGACACUUAAGCGGAGUCUAGUUGAUACAUCAGCCUCUAAGCCCUUCACGGAAACCUUUGCCUUCUCAGAAGAACCUCCUCUUCGGGUUCCCGAAACCAUUGGCACCCUAAUCGAAGUCCGUACUUCUCCCAAGGGCGGCCUCGGUAUAUUUGCUCUCUGUCCCAUACCGCCUAACACCCUUCUCUUAAGCGAAAAGCCUCUUGUCAUCCUCACCGACACAGGGACGCGUAAAGACCCCCUUGACGCCCUAGUAGCCGCAUUACCCCCUUCUCACAAAGCAGCAUUCCUCUCACUUCAUGCUUAUCAGGCAAACCCACGAGAAUCCAAAAACCGAAGCAUUUUGUAUAGUAAUGGAUUUGGAGUAGGUAAAGUGGAGAGCUUAUCUACGGGGGUUUUUGAGACGGCCAGUAGAUUUAAUCAUGCUUGUGUGGCAAACUCAGGAUAUAGAUGGGAAGAGGAUUUGGAGAAGAAAGGAAGGAUGAAAUAUUUCAGUAUCAGGUAUAUUGAAAUGGGAGAAGAAAUUACUGUGGAUUAUGGACAUGGGGUAAAGGGCCUGAAGAGAUUUUACGGGUUCGAGUGUGAUUGUAAGAAGUGUCGAGAGCGGGAGAUGUGA